AUGUCGUCACAUCUCAGCAACGAUGAGUUCUUCACCAAAUUGGUGUCUCUUCUCGAGACGCGCCAGCANAAAGGUCACGGCAGCAUCUGGCUGACACAGAAGCGACGUACGCAAACAAUCCUCUCGUGCUCCCCUUCGGCGCUGACCCAUUACAANGUGACUCUCGACGGUCCCUCCGCCUCCAAACCCAUCGAUUCUCCUCUUGCCGAUCUGGAACGUCCGUUAGCACCUCUACCCAUUCUCAUUCGCGCGACAGACGGCAACUCGCAAACAAAGGAUCGCAAGAAGUCGGAAAAGAUCAAGCUCAGCACAGUUGUACAACCCGAUGAUCUGGAAGCUUUCUACACCCGCUACGCAGAAGUUUGCAAGCAGGGCAUGCAGGCCUUGAAGAAGAGAGAUCGCAGCAAGAGAAAGAAGCAGAAGCAGGGCAAGAAGAAGGCUCAAGAGGACAAGAAAUGA